GGGCAGCUGCUGUGUCCAGGUGAAAGGACAGGUGAAAGGACAGGUGAAAGGACAGGUGAGGGGAUGGGCAGCUCCGAGCUCGGCUGUCUGCGGGACGCGGCGUCCACGGAGGAGGAGACCCCGGGGCUGGAGGUGAAGAAGCACCAGCACAAACACAACCUGAAGCACCGAUACGAGGUGAUGGAGACUCUGGGGAGAGGCACGUACGGAAAAGUGAAGAAGGCGACGGAGAGAGCGAGCCUGAGGACUGUGGCAAUCAAGUCGAUCCGCAAAGAGCGCAUCACAGACGACCUGGACAGAAUUCACAUCCAGAGAGAGAUCGAGAUCACGGCCUCGCUGAGGCACUACAACAUCAUACGCAUCCAUGAGGUGUUUGAGAGCCGGGAUAAGAUUGUGAUUGUGAUGGAGUACGCCAGCAGGGGAGAGCUGUACGACUACAUCCAGGAGAGGAGGCGGCUGCCCGAACCGGAAGCCAGAAGCAUCUUCCGACAAAUCACAUCUGCCGUCCACUACUGCCACAAGAACGGUGUUGUGCAUCGGGACCUUAAGCUGGAGAACAUCCUUUUGGAUCAAGAUUUCAACGUAAAGCUGGCUGACUUUGGCCUUUCCAAUCAUUUCCAGAGGGGCACUCUGCUGCAGACGUACUGUGGAAGUCCGCUCUAUGCUGCCCCGGAGAUAGUGAAAGGACUGCCCUACACGGGGCCGGAAGUGGACUGCUGGGCUCUGGGGGUGUUGCUUUACGCCCUGGUGUACAGCAGCAUGCCCUUCGAUGGGGCCAGCCACGCCACGCUCACGGAGCAGAUCAGCCAAGGUCGCUACCACAGACCCAACCCCCCCUCGGACGCCUGCGCUCUUAUCGACUGGUUGUUGGCGGUGCGCGUGGACGAGAGGGCUACGAUAGAGGACGUGGCCAACCACUGGUGGGUGAACUGGGGUUUUGAAGAGAGUGUGUGUGACUGCCCUUCGUCUCCACACCAAGAGUGCCCCUCCCCACUGCUGGCUCGCUACAUCGACUGGCAGAACCGGGUCGCAGCCACCAGCAACAUGACCGUUGACCCAGCGGGCCUAUCCUCAGACUCCUCAUGUCCGCCCAACCCUUUUUACUUCAGCUUGCCUCUGAAGAGCGAUCGUGUAGGAGGAGGAGGAGGAAGGGUACGUGGGGUAAUGUCGAGCCUGAGGAAGUCACGUAAGGAGAAUACAAUUCCCCAGACUGCACUGGGAGCGUGUGGUGGCGUUUGUGCAACAGCUGCCUCCUCCGCUGCGAUUUCCUCCACUUCCACCAUUGAGAGAAAGAAACCCAAAAGUAUCCUGAAACCCCAGAGGAGUUUUGACUCAGUCUUUCACAGCCCCGCUAAAGAAAACUCUCCCACCCAACCUGGCAACGCUGCUCCCCAGCCUCACCGAACACAUACACUGGCCCACAUACAUGCUGACAUCCUCUCCACCAGCCUGCCGCCUCCCUCUACAUUCAGUCAACCCUCAUCCAAAAUGCCCAAGAAGGGGAUACUGAAGAACUUGUAUGGAGGGGUUUCGGGUCACGGCUCAACCUCAGACAGAGGGAUCUCUGAGGCUAAAGACGGAGGCGAUGCAGGUGAUUUGUGCUCCCACCAACAGCACACUUGUCUCCCAGCGGCAGAGGACAGCCCCACCAUGCGCACAGAGGCGGUAAGAAGAAGGAAAGGGAUUCUGAAACGCAACGGCAAGUUCUCUCGCAGCCUGGAUCUCCCCGACGAGCUUCGCUCAGCCCCUGCGAUGUUCCCCGAGGCCCUGCAGCAGCUCCUCAGGGCCACAGGGGGCGCCGAGGGGCUCCGCAGCAGCCGUCCCUCCAGUGUGGUGAGCGAGGACAGCCUCUUGUCCUCCGAUUCCUUCGACCUGCUGGACCUCAGCGCCCCAUCACGACGCAGGAUUUUCUCCCGGGGGAUGCAGCACAGCGCCUGCAGCUCCGAGGAGGACCUGGAGCAGCUAAGAGCUGAGGCGGACAUCGUUAGUGAGGACGGCGGAGGACAGAAGGAAAUGCUGACAUGAGCCUAGGGAGCGACGGAGACAUGAAAAGUUGAACACGAAGGCUGCGGUCGAAAAGUCCGUUUGCUGAGGAAGGCUCCUAACCGAGUGAAAUGACCCGGAAGUGUCUAAGUGGCUGCAAUGAUAAGAGCUGUUUGAAUGCUCUAAAUGCUGAGGAAAGGUGCUUCAGUGCUUCCUUUCUUAGCUCCUUUAGUAUAGGAUACACUUGACCUUCCUUUACCUAAGGAAAGAAGAGAAAGCUGUCCCACAAUUCCUUGUGGCGGCAACAUUUGAACUCUUUUAGUACACCAUUCUGCAUGAAAACUAACGAUAUGCCUACCUUGCACAGGUUUAACAAUUAUUUUCAUACAGUCAUAAACAAAUGGGAUUCCUGUUGAUGAAUAUGAAAAGACCGUGGCAACGAUUUUGUUUAAUUUUAUAUGUAUUUAUUUACUUUGAACAUGUAACAAAUAAGUUAAAAACAGUAUAAAAAAAGUAUACAAAUACAAUGAAAAGUAAAUAUAGAAAACUGUCAAUGAACAAAUUCUCAUUCUCAAUAACAAGAAGCAUCAGUACAAAAAAUAAAAUAAGACAAUUUUGCGGUGAAAUCUGUAUUAUUGCACAAAGUAAAUAUUGAUAUUUAACAGUUCCAUUGAUGUUUCACAUGAGUGAAUUGUCAGUUUCUACUGAAGCAGUGUUGAUUGUUUAGUGUGUCAUCAGGAGGAAGGAAGGAGCUCCGCUUUCUCUCCUUCACACCACGACUGCAGAAUUAGCACCAUAAAUUGUUUAUCUUGACGAGCUCCACUCUUAAUAUUUGUUUAGGGGUAGUGGACAGAAAAUACACAUUUACUAGCAUUUUGUUUUGACAAUUUUCUGGAAAAUGUGGUCCAAAUUUGCGCUUCAUCUGGAUGAAAACCUGAGUGAGGACGACUGUAUUCUGCUAAACUGAACUGUUGUGACACUUUACUUUAUCCUGUUUUAAAGUCCUUUAUAAGAAACAUUUAACAAAUGAGUUUGAUAAUUUGCUGUGUUUGUCAACGAUUAGAACAUCUCCUAUAAAGACACAUAUAUUAUAUGCAACUGGGUUUUAUAGUGAUGCAACGGAUCAUAAAACUCACGGUUUGGAUGAGAUCAGCACGAAAGAAAAUAUCACUUUUAAAGAUCCCUGGUCACGUUUUUUUUUGACGCUUAUACUAAUUGGUAUAUACAUAUUGGCAGAAACAGAUCCCUUUUUGUUUGAUUAUAGCAGCUGGUCUACAAGGAUCCAGAUUUUUUUUUUUUGCUACCGUCCCAAAAAUCCUUUCAAUGCUCUGAAGUCAGUAAACCAUCAAAAGUUUAAAUGUUAUCAUUUCACUUUCUUACAGUCAUUUUAUUAAAACACACAAUUAAAAUGACUACGUUAACCGUUUCUACAACAGUCUCCACAUAGUUAUUAUUGCUGAGAGACACAUAAUUAAAUGCUUACAAUGACUUCAUAGUGUGUUGGAAACCAUUCAUAAAAUGUUUAUAUAGUCUGCCUUUAAAUGCUGAAUAGGGGGAUUUAAAGUGUUACCUAUUACAUCACGUCAAUUUGCUCCUUUGCACAGACAGACACACUGUGAAUAUCAGAUGGAUCACAUUGCUUUUUAUUGUGACACCACCAGUGCUGCUGUGGAGAUUUAAAUGAAUGCAGUAGAUGUAAGCCAUUUUAAAUGUGUCAUUUUCAUUAUUGUGAGAAAAUAAGUUUGUUUUGUUAAAUUUUUUCAAGCUUUUCAUACUUUUUUGGGGGGAAGGGAGGAAAUAA